GCGAUUUUAAGUAAUUUGUGGGCGAUAUUUAACAAACCUCAAUAAUAAUUAGGCCUAAAAAUAGUAAAAAAUAUAUGUUAACAAAAUUUUCCAAUUAUAUAACGAAAUUUCAAAAUAUGUGCUCAAAGUUACAACGGUAAAUAAAUUAUGUAUUCCACCACAUGAAAAAUCAUGAACAAAAUGAAGUAAAAGUAAAAAUAAAACGGAUGGCGAGACCAAAACCAAAGUCACAAAGAAGACAAAGUGACAAACCAUCAUCAAAAGGAGAAAAAAAAAAAAAAAAAAAAAAGACCAAAGAGAAAAAAAGUCCAUUGUUAUUACAAAAAGUUGGAUCUCACGAAGUUGCAGAUUGAAAAUCAAUAAUCAAAAUCUGUUGGGGGUUUCGAAUUAAUCGCAAUUUUCUCUCUCCUCCUUCUUUGAUUCAUCUUCCCGCGUUUAGGCCAAAAAUCUCAUCUUUAACAUAAAAAAAAGGAUGUUAGAGAAGAUUGGAUUACCAACAAAACCCUCAUUACGGGGUAAUACUUGGGUUGUUGAUGCUUCUCACUGUCAAUCUUGUUCUUCUCAGUUCACUUUCCUCAAUCGCAAGCAUCAUUGUCGAAGAUGUGGAGGAAUCUUUUGCAACAGUUGCACUCUGAACAGAAUGGUGUUGCGGGGACAAGGCGAUUCUCCGGUUCGUAUUUGUGAAGCUUGUAUGAAACUAGAAGAGUCUGCUCGGUUUGAGCUGCGGCAUGGACAUAAGAAUCGAGCUGGGAAAGGGACCUCAAAAACUGCAUCAAGGAGUGUGGAUGAAGUUCUAAAUGAGUUGAUGAAUGAUGGGAAAGAAUCUGCUCGUAUGGGAUCUGGGAAAGAAAUUGCUAGCCAAGAUGAAGAUGUAGAUCUGAUAGGCGAUCCCUCUAAUAGCAGUAAUAAUGAGAUGGAUUGUUCUACUCCUGAAGAAUUGCGCCAACAAGCUUUGGAUGAAAAGAACAAAUAUAAAAUCCUUAAGGGAGAAGGAAAAUCGGCUGAAGCUCUUAAAGCCUUUAAGAGAUCACGGGAACUUGAGCGACAAGCUGCUGCUCUGGAACUCCAAUUGAGGAAGAAUAGGAAAAAGGCUUUGGCUGAGACACAGAAAACCCAAGACACGUCUCCUGAAUUAGGCAUAAGAGAUAAGCCUGUGAAAGUUAAAGAAAAGGAUGAUCUCACAGAAGAAUUAAAAGAACUUGGAUGGUCUGAUUUGGAUAUCCAUAGUGCUAGUAAAGCACCACCCCCGACAAGCUUGGAAGGUGAGCUUCUCAAUUUAAUCCAGGGUUCUGGUGACACUAGUCGCAGUAAAGUGUCUUCUGGUUUAGACAAGACUCAAGUAAUUGCCAUGAAAAAAAAGGCUCUCGCGCUUAAGCGUGAUGGGAAACUUGCUGAAGCCAAGGAAGAACUAAAGAGAGCAAAAAUUUUAGAGAAGCAACUUGAGGAACAAGAGUUUUUGGCUGAUGCUGAGGAGUCUGAUGAUGAGAUAUCUGCUUUGAUUCGUAGUUUAGAUAAUGAUGAAAAACAGGAUUUUUCUGCUGGGUUGGAUCUGGAUUCUGUAUCUGACUUCAAUGAUAUCUCGGCCUUUGCUGGUGAUUUUGGUAUUGAUGGGAACUUUGAGAUUACAGAGGAUGAUAUGGAUGAUCCUGAAAUGGCUGCUGCCUUGCAAUCACUAGGCUGGACUGAGGAGCCUGAUCAACUCGAAGAUUUUGUAUCCCAACCCGUUUCUGUUGAUAGGGAAGCACUUUCAGAUGAGAUUCUUAAGUUGAAGAAAGAAGCUGUGAGCCAGAAACGAUCCGGGAACAUGGCAAAGGCAAUGUCACUGCUAAAGAGGGCCAAAGCUCUUGAGAAAGAUCUUGAAAGUUUUGAUUCUGUCUACAGGGCUACACUUGAUUCCAGUGCUGAAAAAGAAUCCGAAUUAGGUGGAUUGCAUUCUAGGACAUCUAACAUAAUCCCAGACACAGACAGAAAAUUGCCAAAAAAGAGUAGAUUUAUGAUUCAGAAGGAGCUUUUGGCACUGAAAAAGAAAGCUCUUGCCUUAAGAAGGGAAGGGAAAUUAGAGGAAGCUGAUAAUGAACUGAAGAAAGGAAAAGUCCUGGAGCAGCAACUUGAGGAGAUGGAUAAUCCUGUCAGGAUGGACACUCAGUUGAAUGUUGGCAACGAAGUAUUAGAGCCAGUUUCGGAGCACCUUGAUUUGUCUUCUUCUCUUGCUCCUAAGGAUGAAGAAAGUGAUGUGACAGAUCAAGAUUUGCAUGAUCCGGCAUAUCUUUCACUUCUCAAGACCUUGGGCUGGCAGGAUGAAGACAGUGUUAGUGUGAUGCACCCUGCUGAGGUGUCUAAUAGAAAGGCCGAGGUCACUGUGGAAAAUAGAAACACUGCUCCUGCUGGGCGUACGGUUGAGAAACGGAGAAGAAGUAAAGCGGAGAUCCAGAGGGAACUAUUAGGCUUGAAAAGGAAGGCUCUGGCCUUCAGACGUCAAGGACAAGAGGCUGAGGCUGAAGAAGUGCUUGAAACUGCUAAGAUAUUGGAGGAAGAGCUGGCUGAAAUGGAAGCACCAAAAGUAGAAAUACAAGAGCGCAAGGCUGAGGAUGAAGCUGCAAUACAAGGAAAUCUACCUGAAAACACUGAGACUAGGGAAAGUGGAACUCACCAAACACCUCUCAAAAGACCAGCUAAAGUUAACGAUACCUCAGAGAAACGUCAAGUGGUGCAGCCAGCCAUACAGGGAGCUGACCUUUCCCCAAGUGUUUCUCCAGAUAACCAAAAGAGUGCAGCUAUACAGGGAGCUAACCUUUCCCCAAGUGUUUCUCCUGAUAACCAAAAAAGUCCAGUCCAACAAGAGAUUCUUUCUCAUAAAAGGAAAGCGCUUGCAUUAAAAAAACAGGGUAAAUUGGCUGAAGCCAAAGAGGAACUUAGGAAAGCGAAGCUGUUGGAAAGAAAUUUGGAAGACGAUAAGCCCCAGAACCCCACGGGUCCCAUACCCACGGAAGUAUCUUCAAGAGAGGAACGUAGCUCAUCUAUUUCCGCCUUACCUGAGGAGCGGGACCCUCCCAAUGUGGCCCCGAAACCAAUGUCGAGCAAUGAGCGUUUAAAAUUGCAGCGAGAGUGCCUGAAUCACAAAAGGAAUGCUCUGAAGCUCCGUAGAGAAGGUAGGACUGAAGAAGCAGAUGCUGAACUUGAAAUAGCCAAGAAACUUGAAGCACAGCUCGAGGAGGUUAGUCCUGCUAAUCCUACCGUACCCUCGUCAAAUGGAGGACCCGUUGAAGAUGCUAUUGUUGAGGAUCUUUUUGACCCUCAACUCUUAUCGGCUCUUAAUGCAAUUGGUCUACAAGAUGCUCACAUUGUUUCACAUACCCCAGUGAAAGCAGAGCUGCAGACAUCAAGCUCCAUUAGGAAUGAGAGUUCCAAUCAAGAGAGAAUUCAGCUGGAAGCACAAAUUAAGGCUGAAAAAGUGAAGGCCCUGAACCUGAAACGCAGUGGAAAGCAAGCAGAGGCGCUGGAUGCUCUUCGCCGGGCCAAACAAAUAGAAAAGAAGCUCAAUUUACUGCCUUCAUAACUCAUAAUAGAGAUCCAUUUUUGUGUUGAAUUUCAGUAUAUUCUUGAGGAUCAAAGGCAGAAAAUUUGGUAUAAAUUUACAGGAAUUUGCCAAUUCUGCUUUAAUUGGCUGAGGAUCAAUGUAAAACUAAUUAACUUUUAUUCAACCAAGCUAUUCUGUGAA